CAUCUGAAGAAAUUUCUGGUAAAGUUGAAACUUCAACCUAAGAAAGUCAGAAUGGUGCCUCAAAGAAAUUUUGCUUUUGUUACUUUCAAGUUAGUAAUUAUCUUUCCUAUUUUUGCAAUUAAAGUUCAUUAACUGUUGUAAGUUGAUGCAAGCUGGCUCUCCCCUUGACGAGUAAAAUCAUCUGGUUAAACAUGUUUUCUUUUUCCAGGUGUGAUGAAGAUCGAGAGGUACAGUAUGUUCACUAUGUUGAAUUUGAACGUAUAUUAUAUUUCUUGACUUUCCCACUAUCUACAUACCCUGGAUUCCAGAGCCUUCGACAGUAAAUAAUAAAUUGAAACGUCGUGAAGGCUCUGGUUCAACGGGGAAAUUCUUUGAUUAAACCGCGCCAAAAACAAAACAGAAUUUAUUCUGUACUAAAACGCAGUUUAUCAAAGAAUCUCCCCGUUGAACCAGGGCCUUCGCAACAUUUCAAUUUAUUAUUUACUGUCGAAGGCUCUGAGAAUCCAGGGUACUAUCUACACUGUAUGCAAUAACAAUCUCAUUGUCUCCUACUGUUCUAUAAUAUGUCAAUCAUGAGAGGGGUGUGUCUACAACACUAGCUACAUAGUAAUAUUUCAAUUGUUGUCUUUUCCACUUAUGUAAGUAAUAUAUGAACAACAAGUCAGCGAGUGUUUCCAUACAUUGUUUUCGAGUGUUUGGAUAUCCCGGUGAGACACGAGCUCAAGUUGUUUAUAUGGCUUCUCAAAUGAAUCGAGACAGAACAGAAUGUUUUCGUUUGCUGAUUUGAAUAGAAUUCUUAACCAAGCACAACGUAAUUAGGAAUUCUAUUCAAGUAAUUUUGCAUGCGUAAUUAAGAUAUUUGAUGAAAACACUAGUGACUUUCAUCAAGUUUCACCAGGUUAUCCAAAUGGCAUCUUGUGAUCAAAUAGGUGAUUAUUAUUGGCUUCAAUUGCUCAUGAAUUAUUGAAUUUGAGAAAUAUAUAUAACACACAGAGUGGGAACACUUUCCCCUUGAGGAGUAAAAUCAUCUGUCUUUUGAGGCUUGUUAGGUCUAAUAAAUGUACAAAAUUCACUCUCAAAAUCUCUUAUAUCCACUGUACAAACCCUUCAUUUCAGCUUGCAUUGAAAACAUUACAGAAUUAUGAAUGGAGAAAUAAGAUCUUGACAGCUAAGGUGACUUUAAUUACAGAUUCUUUCUGGUUUUUGUGGAAAAUGAUGUGACCUUACCUAAUUAUAGUUAAUACUUGUUGUAGAUGGCGAAAGCAAAAGAGGACCCUUUUCAGCAGAAAAGACAGCAAGGUAAAUAUAUGCAAUUAUUAUGAUAGAUUUUGCAAACACAAUCGUGCAGCAGAUGGUGGUCAACCUGAGGGAGAAAAGGUUUUUGCAGUUGAUAGAUAUAGACCAUUGUAAUAAAGUGUAAUAAAACUGUACAAUUUAUUUGAUUUACUCCUCUGUGUAGUUGAUAACAAGGAAACACAAUCAAAUGAGACACAAGAAGCCAUGCAGUCGGAUACUAAUCCUAUUGAAAGGUAUAGUUUACCUUGUAUAUUAUAUAUUACCUUGUAUAUUACUUAACCCAUUUUAAAUCAUCCAGCAUUAUGCAAUUAAAAUAACAAUGGUGCAUCAAGGCACAGAAUAAGAAGGUACAGCAGGAGUGUAACUCAAUGAAGAAAUUAAUUUGUCCGCAUUUUUACAUGUGAUUCGUCAUCAAUCACGCCAUCCUGGCUAGUACAACCGGCACUUUGUACCUACCAAAACCUGAUAAAAACUUCCGGUUGUACUAGCCAGGAUAGUGUGAGCGAGUUAAAAUUUUUGUGGACGUAAAACAAUAAGGGAAUCGACUCGAGUUACACUUCUGCUGUAUCAUAUCGUAUCGGGUGUAUCAUAUCGUAUCUGGUUAAUUUACAGACAAAGGGCCUUCUCGCCCAAAAUGUCUAGUUUAUCCUUGUAUUUAAAUUCAGGUAGUUGUAUCCUUAUCAAUAUUAUUAUUGGUACUCCUACACAGAUGAUUCAAGAUUAAUGUAAAAACUAUGUAGUGCCAUGCAGACUUUAUAAUUUAACCCAUUAAGUUGUGGCGCUUCCCCAUUGGCAAGUAAGAUUGUCUGGCAUUGGACAAGUAAAAAACAAUAAGUAGGGUGCACUGGGGCACAUUGCGGCUGAAUGGGUUAAUAAGUAUAAUGUAAAAUUUUUCUCAGGAUUCGUGAUGUGGUCACACCCUUUUGGAAUGUGCCUUAUGAAAAGCAGCAAAUGGUAAGGUGGAAAAUUAUAUUCUGUGUCUCUUUGAUAAGAAAAAUAUGUAUAACUACGGAUUCUUAUUUCAGUGGAAAUAUGAAGCUAUGUGUCAAGUGUUGAAAAAACUAGCAAAAGAAUUAAAGGACAAUGAUGUGGUAUGAAAGUCUUGUGCAUAGAAAUACUUAUGUAAUAGAUAUUAUUUAUAUGGUCUUAUGGUAUUAUUUACAAUAUCUAUUAUUUCUAUGGUCUUGUGUCAUCAAGCAACCAGGGAUAUAUCAAGCAAUGUUGAAAAUGUUUGUUAUUUUGUAGGGUCGCUGGAUUGGACAAAACAGGUACAUGUACACAGGGGUGGAAAACAUAGGCGAGCACUGCUCGCAGGAAAUGUUAAACAGCUGCAGGAAAUUCGUUUGAAUGAAGAUUUGCUAUUGCAAAUUUGAAGGAAACCUUAACACCCAUGUCCCACUAUGAGCUCAUUUAAAACCAUAUGGACUAUGGUCAACUGGAACACUAUAUAUGUUUAUGCACAUGCAGAUUUAGCACAAAAAUACUCUGUUGGUCUGCAGGAAAUUUUUGCUCCCAGGAAGAUGAAAUUUUAUGAAAUUCUCCCGAUUUCUCAGAAUAUUCAGGAAAUAUCAUAAAAAUCAUUUUUAAUAUACUGUUUUUAGCACCAUAAUAGUUUGUCUUGACCUUUUUAUGAAGUUACUUUGUGGCAAUUUAUUAGAUCACUUAUAACAACAUACUCCCAAAAUGCAGGAAACGCCAUUUCAGAAGACUUAUUUUUUAUUAUUUUGUUCCAGAAGAACUAGAUUUCAAUUCAUUCAACAGUCUCCCUAAAUUUUACCUCCAGUAGUUGGAAUGUCUGUCACAACCAAAGAGUGGUGAAAUCCUUCAAUGACUACCUCUGUGUCAUUAGUUUAUUAAAUAUAAUUUGGCAUGAAUUAGUUUAUUAAAUAUAAUUUGGCAUGAAUUACAUCUGUUUUUAGAUCCCAACAUGAUGGUAUGUGUUGUCCCUUGGAGAAACUAUUGCCUUCGGUAAAACAACAUACAACUGAUUCCUUAAUUGUUUAUCCAAUUAUCUCUUAGCAUUAUACCAUAAAAAUUUGUUUAAUUUUUAGCCUGUGUGUGACGAGUAUCGUAAUAAAUGUGAGUUUACAAUUGGUCCUGGCUUGGACGGAAUUGGUAAGAUACAUUUUACAAAGUGACAUCAUUUUCAAAAUGUUUUUAUUGAGAGUUCCUGUCAUUUUAUUUUUUAAGGAAAAUCAGUUGGAUUUAGAUUAGCAGCUUAUAAAGGUAUAUAUAUAAAAAAUAUUAUCAUUACAUUAUAUAUACUAAGGAUGUGCCAGAUACUGUUUUGUUGGUACCAGAUGGUACCGGAUACUGAUGGUGCAUGGUAGUUGGACAAUAUGUCACUAAAUGAACAACAUAUCUCAUUUUUAGAGGGAAGUUCUGCUGUGGUUGAGCCCCGUGAAUGUUUGCAUAUACCACAAGCUAUGAAAGACGUCACACAAGUAAGAGAGUUAUUUAAAGAUUUAUAAAACUGCUAAUUAACACUAGGCACCCUGUCCACGGGCCUUGAAAGUACUUGAAUUGGAAAAAAAAAUUCCAGGGCUGGAAAGUCCUUGAAAGUCCUGGAAUUAAUUUCCUUAACCUCCAGCUGUGCCAACAUUAGUGAUUUUGAUUAAAGUAAAUUAUUUUCUGGUUAAUAAAGUCUAAAAUCCGUGCCAUUUUUCAAAGAUUUCCCAGUUCUAGGUCCUUGAAUUUACUGAAAAAGGGCCUGGAAAGUCCUGGCAAAGUACUUGAAUUUCACCUUCACCAAAGGGUGGACACCCUGACUAGGUAUUAAGCAAUCAGGUUUUCCUCUAGGAAUUUCAAAGUUAUAUACAAGACUCGCAGCUGGAUGUCUUUGACCCAAGUACAAAUAAAGGGUAGGAAGUGUAUAAAAUUAUAAAGGAUUGAAUAUAAGAUAUUUUUAAAAAUAUAAUCAUCUUAUAUCAAUAUAAUAAGAAGAUGCUUUACAAUAUAAUAGAAAUAUCAAUGAGAAUGUAAAAAGAUUUUUGCUAAAAAAUAAAUCUUAUAUGUUUCAUGUUCUGAUGUAGGUUUUGGAAACAGUUAACUGUGAGAAUGAAUCUUAACGGAGAUAUAAUGUGUAUUAUUCAAAUAUUUCCCUCCCAGGACAUGGAUGAGGUAAUAUAUAUCAUCAUCAAUCUCUUAAGAAGUAAAAGACAAUUAAACGGUGCCAAAACUCAAUGAAAGAUGAUUUUUUUGUUGAAAUACCACGACGUAACGUAUAAUUGUCAGUAAUAAAUGAAAAUAAUUACAGAACAACCAAAAUUACAGAAUUAUAUAAAAGUGAUGCACUGCUUGCAAGCUCUCGGCGAUUGCGGAAACUUUAUCUCAACCUGACUGCAUCCGAACUAAAUGCAAAUGAACAGCAACUAAACCGCAGUAGAUCAGGAACUACAACGGACACCGAACGUGUAUACUAAGUAUAAAGAAAAGUUGGCUAACCUGAUAACCAUGUUUUCUUCAUGAAAUUCUCCAAAUCACCGUCAUUUAUUGCUUCUACAUCUUCGUCCAUGUUGUUCCAUUUCCAACGCAUCAAGGAUUUGCAUAUCGAACGUUCAUUUUCGUAAACCUGCACACAUAAUAAUAAGUAUGAUAUUUCAAACUAUACGAGUUGCGACACUACGUAAAAUUGUACACAUGCUUGAAUGUGUGCACGUGUUAUUUUGAAAAGUUUUUCGAACUUCGCAAUUCAAGGCAUACUAAUACUAGCUAGCAAUAAUACUCAAAUAAUACUCAACACUUUUUUCGACUUGACUUACUUUCAAAUGCUAGUUGUUAGCCAAAGACUUGUACUCGCCACAUUAUAUAAGGCGCAGUGUUCCUUGAUUCAGGAUAAAUUCUGAACUGCAUCAAACCUCUUGAAGGCGACUGAUUUCUUCGAUAGGUGGUGUGGAAGUUACUUCACCAUCGCCAUGUUGGAUGACAUUGACAAAGGAUUUUGCUUGUUUGCAAUGCAAAUUUCAGCCAACAUGGCGAAAAUCUCUUUCUCCUUUGAAUCCCAUGGGAGUGAUUGCACAUCACCUAUACCCUCGUGUUUGUCAACCCCGGAUUACACUAUGUCUUUGUGUUGUUGACUGACUGGAGAACUUGGCCUCUUCACGAUAAGAACCGUAUCCAAACUCCAAAGCCAGACUCGUCCAAAGCCAGAUUAUUCAUGGUUUUGUUUGCUGCGGAGCUUACUGGAAUAUUCCCCAGUGCUUCAGUUGUCAGACCUUAUAUGACUACAACUUACGAAAUGCUGACACGAAGUUAAAUCUUCCUAAAACAGAACAUUUAGCACAGGUUAGAGAGCUGCCAAAUUAUGGAACAAUAUAUAUAUACCAAGUUUCCAUAAGUGCAACUAAAGUUUACCUUACCUUUAUUUGUAUUUCCAUUUCAAAAUCAGAUUUUAAAUCAUUUUGAAAGUUCAAAGUUUCACUUCUUUAAACAGAAGCUGCGUUUAGAAGGCGACCAACUUUUGAAUAAAUUAUACCAUAAACUUCACUCCAUACCAUUGACACGCUUCAGUUAACAUUGUCAAAGUACAAUUCACUAGGGAAUACAAUUCUAUAUAGAUUAAUACAGAUAUUAUUACUUCCAUAAAUGUUGUGUCUUCAUCUUUUUUCUGUAGGGUGAUGUCGAGUCUGAAAUUAUAAAGUUAACAGAGUAUUUUCAAAAUCAAAAUAAAAUAAAAUUGACUUCGAUGUAUGUUGAAAUUGGCUUAGCAAGGUAUAAGCAUAAAAACACCUUAAAAUUGUGACUGAACUUAUAUGCUAUAGGGGAAGUUACAAUAAAUUUAAAUACUGUACUUCACUACACUGAAUAAGAUACAGGUCGCUAGGAAUCCAAUACUUGCCCAUUUUAUUAUCAAAGCUUUUAUUUGCAUGACCUAGUUACAGGUAUUGCUAAGCGUAUAUAAAAAAAAAGUUAUAGUAAAUAACAACUAAUUUUAGUGUAGUUACAACAUUAAAUGGAUAAAUAAGCCUUAUCAUAAACUCGUUUUUUCUACUGUAAUGUAGGAAAAAAGAUGGUACAAGUGGUAAUAUUCUAAGACAUGUUUUGGGUGAUCAGGUAUAUUUAUCAGUUUAUUUAUUAACUUUGCCAUCAUCAUAUUGUAUAGUUGUAUACAUGCUGGGAAACUAUAUACAACAACUACUGUGGCCCCAGAAACAAUUUACAACUGGUACAUUUUUUACCGUUAUAUUUACACACACUUGAACACUAAUCAUUACAGAAAGUCUAGAAACAACACGUCAAAGGAGUAUGUCAUUUGAAGAUAACGUUCAACUAACAGGCGUCUCAUAUUUACCUUUCUGAUUCUUUAGUAUAUAUUCGAGAAUUUAUGUGGCUUGAAAUUCCGGAUCUCUCCACAUGCGUUUUUCCAAGGUAUCAUGUCUUGAUGUAUAUAGAUAUUGUUCUCUGUUGUUCAUCAAAUAACAUAACUAUUUACUGAGGGUAAAACAAAUAACAGAAUUAACAGUAUAGAAAAACACUGAUCAACUUGUGGUCUUCCAAUCUUGAUGUAUAGAGAUAUUGUUCUCUGUUGUUCAUCAAUAACAUAACAUAACUAUUUACUGAGGGUAAAACACAUGACAGUAGACACUGAUCAACUUGUGGCCUCCACAUCUUUUUCUUAUUUGCUGUUUUCUCCCUUGAAAAGUGAACACAAAGUCAGCUGAAAUUCUAUACAAAGCGAUUCAGGAAUGGAGUAGUGUGUCUUCAAAUACAAUCAUUUUAGGUAAGUAGAAAAUAUUGACAUUGUAUUGCAUCUACUAUUGCAUCCAUUUGUAAAAUUCAAUGCCUACCUUUUUCAAUUUCAGACGUUUGCUGUGGCACAGGGACCAUUGGUUUAUCAAUGGCAAAGGUUGGACAAUUUCAACAUAUGAUAACAAGAUUCAUUAUCUCCCUUUGUUUAUCAUCUCAACAAUUCGGGCUUGUUGGAUGGGAUGUAUACCUUUCAGUAUAAUGAUGAUGGAUUCACGCGUCGUGUAGUCGACGAAUGAGUACCGUGCAACACUCAACGAUGUCGUGGGAGUAGAGGCCUGUCCUCGAACCACAAGGCUUGUUGCAAGAAUUACAUCGGGUUGUUGUGAUGUUGUCGGCUUCCCUCUUUUUUCUUUAAUUAACCUGGUACGACUCUCCUCGAGAACGCCUGAACAGCCAUAUAAUAAUAUUAAUAUUGCAUUAUAUAGCAAGCAAAGAAAGUUAUUGGAAUCGAAUUAUGCCAAGAGGCCGUUGAAGAUGCAAAAUUCAACGCUGAAUCUAAUGGUACGUAGGACAUUACAACAUGUACUCUACACAAAAAACUACAGUCAGGGCCGAGAGGGGGUGGCAAAUUACCCUGGGCCCCCACCUUAAUACGGCCCCAACUUGAGAGCGAGAGCGUACAAUUAAGUAGGCUCUUUAAAUUGGUCAGAGCAUUUUUGAAAUUGAGGACCCCUUACAGUAUCUCCACAUGCAGUCUAGUUAAGGUCUAAUUGGGUCUAGCUUAAAAAUAAUGUCAUGGGGAAGAUUUGCCCCGGCGAUCCAAAACUGAUAGAGGUAGCCAGUGUAAAAGAAGUUGAAAUAUAAACUACCUUAAAUCUCAGAGAGUUUCAAUGCUUCUUUUCCAGGUCUCAGCAAUGUCGAGUAUCACUGUGGUAAAGCGGAGGACGUGAUCGUCAAGACAACAAUGGCGUUAGAUGAAGAAGAAUCUCAAGUGAUUGCAAUUCUUGAUCCACCCAGAGCUGGCUGUCGUACGUAUCUGCAUCUUGUUUCUACGAGAUAUGUCCUGUAUUAGUCUUGUUGGGACAUCAUAUAGCAUGUUCUGUCUAUUAUAUAGUCCCAAGAAAAAAUUGUGAACUUUCACGCUCAAAAGCAAAUUGGAAAAAGUCACGUGAUCGAUAUCUUCACUAGUGAAGAUAUGGAAAAUAUCUCGCUGUGUAUUUUUCAGUAUCUCACUCUCUACUAUAUAAUAAAUAUACCUACCAUACGUUGUAUCUUUUAUGGCACAGUUCUAUACAUUGUAUAAUGAUUUGUUCACAGAUGCGAAAGUUCUUCAAGCAAUUCGACGUUGUUCCAAGAUUCAGAAAUUACUCUACGUCUCAUGUAGUCCCAGUUCUGUUAUAAAGGAUUUUAUAGCGUAAGUACCGAGAUAAUUACUACUUAGAACUACAUGAUUAAUUAGUUAAUCAAAUUAGAAUGAACUAUAAAUUAGGAAUACAUGAUUAAUUAGCUAAUAAAAUUAGAAUGAACAAUUUAUUAGAACUACAUGAUUAAUUAGUUAAUGAAAGUAGAAUGAACAAUUUAUUAGAACUACAUGAUUAAUUAGUUAAUGAAAUUAGAAUGAACUAUUAAUUAAAAGUGCAAUGAUCUACUUACAAUUUCAGAUUGUGUCGUCCAACCUCAAAACGCACGAAAGGAGAUCCGUUUCAAAUUAUUAAAGCUCUACCCGUUGACCUGUUUCCACAAACUCGUUAUUGUGAAUUGCUCGUCCUUUUGGAACGCUCCAAGUAA